GGUCUCCGCGACAGUGUUUUGUAGCAGGGUACAAUGGUUCCUUCAGAUUUUAAGGCUCUGAUCCAGAGGUUUUAUCAUCUUCAGUCGGAGCGAUUAGAGACAUAUCGACUCUUCGAAGAAGGACACGAGGCCUACUUGAGGACAGGACCCCAGUAUGACUUCGAUCACUACAAGCAGCUGGUCCAUGAGAUAACGCAGGCCUUCAGCGGCAUUUCCAAGGAAGUGCUGGAGAUCAAGGAGAGGCUCCAGUGCGAGUUUGACCGACCAGACCUCGCUGAGCACAUUGAAAAGCUGCAGAGCAAAGAGAAGCAGAAGCUCGAACUGACAGCCAAGCUGCAGCUGACCAGGCAGCAGGCCCAGGAUCAUCCAGAGGAUGAGGACUGUCGAGACAAAAUCCAGGACAUCAAGCACGAGAUCAUCCAGAACAAAGAGGCACUGAGUGAGAUCAUGCAGGACUUUAAGUUUGACUCAGAAGAGUGUGAUUGACAGCUGAUCCGCCCUCUCGCAUAACAAGAUGGCCGAGCCUCCACCCUGCUGCAUCGUCUGUCUUCAGCUGUUGUUAUUGAUCACCUUGGUCUCCGCCCUGCUCACUGCUGCAGUCUGACCCCCCCAGGGACCCUCUCACAGUCCGGCUCUUUGUGUUUUUAUGUGCUGUCAUGUGUUUGCGUUGCUGAAUUAACAAAACACAAGAAACUCUUCGAAUCUGUCAGUGCUGAGAUGAAAUCUGCAAAAACACAAAACAAUGUAAUUUUUGGAAACUUAACCAUCUUUUAUUUACCUCAUGAUUUGUUUG